GAAAAUGACACAAGAAAAAUUUGUUGAUGUGGUCUAUUGUUGUCACUGUACUACACUACUAAUGAGCAGUACAAAUUGAAUUGAAAUAAAAUGACCAAUGGUUAGUUAAAUUGUUGACCAAAUUGAACAUUUUUAUGUGUAAUUUUAAACAAAUAUACAUAACUUUCCCCUUUAUUUUGGGCUUGGCUUCAUCCUUUUUAAUAACAAACUGAAACUAACUUACUCAGUCUCAGACUUAGUGAACUAACUCUUCUUUCCAAUCAAAAAAUUUCACUAAUCAUAUAAUUUAUUAUAUUGCCGUUAUAAUUAUUAUAUAAGUAAUUAUAAGCUUAGCACUUUUAUGACCCACCCCCCCCCCUCUCAAACCACACUUUGUUGUUGCUGAUAUUAUUGAUAUAAUUUAUUAAAAUAAUAUAGUGGACCUGACAUCAAAAAUAGCAAUAGGCCCACUUUUACGGCUAGGGUAAAAAGGCUUAAAAAGGUGUACAUUUGUAAAUUGUCUCAUUUGUUUUAUACAAAUUUUUAAAAAACUAUACUAUACUAGACCUAGAUGACUGUCUAUACUAUUUUUUUUUUCCAAAACACUUUAACUACAUUUAAUUUAUAUUUAUUAUUAUUAAUAUUAUUUGAUGAUGUUUGUUAAUUGGUCCAACGAACAUUUCACCUUGAUUCACAGUAUUUACAGUCUCUUAUUUCAAAUUAUGUAACGGCAAAUGGAUUUUCAUUCAUGUGUGGGUGGUGUUGACAAUUAAUAAAUGGGUAUAUCAUCACCCUAAGUAAAGAGAAAAGCAGUGGACAAACCAUUUUUCCAUUUUGUGGAUGUUCCCAGCUACACUCUUUAAGUUUGUUGAAAAGAAACUGACUAACUCUACAUAAUUUUUAACUCUCAAUUAACUUCGCAGAAGAAAUCAUUUGCACAUUAGGUGAUUUACUAAAACUGAUAGUUCCAAGUGCCUCAAAUGUAAAUAACACAAAAUACUUAAGAAUACAUCCCAUAGUUCCUGAAUUCACAGACAAAAGUAGCACAUGUGACACCUUUGUUAAAAAAAAAAAAAUACAAGAAACUGUUGCGAGUACAACGAAGUUUAAAUUGUCUAAUGAUACGUUUUGUAAGGUGUAAAUUAUUUUUAAAAGGUAAAAUGAUAAUAACGUGUAAUUUUUGUGAAUACUUUUUGGAUGGAUGGUGAAUUUUAAUUAAUUUUAAUACAUUUUGACACAUCUUACAAAAUAUUUUAUAUUUUGGUAAAAUGCUCAUACAAUGUUCUCAUUUCUUCUUAUGACAAAAAAAAAUGAAUUUUAUUUCUGAAUAAACAAAUUUUUCAAAUCAAAUAAUUCCUGGUAGUAGUUUUUUCCCUUUUCAACUGAUCACCAAAACUUGGAUUCUAAAAGUUAUUGACUCUUUUGUAAGGUCACUAGAAUGUAAAGGGUAAACACCAGUGAUUAUUUGUCCCUUAUGACAAUGUACAGUAUCCAUAAUUUUAAGUGUAUAGUCUACAGAAAUAAUCAAUACAUCAAGGACAUCAUGUAAUAAGGAUUUUCUGGCCUUUUGGCAUUGAGGCAAUGGUAUUAUUGUUUACCUCUUGACCAAGAGGAAGUAGGUUAAAAUUUGCCUGGAGUCAUUUCAGCUAUAGUGAUGUAAAUGGCUAGGCUGAAACAAUAUUGUUCAUACAGUUUUAUCAUAACACAUUAUCGUCAACUUAAAGCUAUAAGUAUUUGCAUGGCACCUAAAGUUAAACGCCUGUACCCAUUUGCCAUAUUUAUUAUAUUUUAUUAAACAAAUUUAUCAAAUUAUUAUAUUUUAAAUGAAGCUUAAGCAGGAUAAUAUGAACUUAUCAAGAUUUUAAAAUUGAUUUUAUUGUUUGUAGCUUUUUACUUCAGUGUACGUUUGUUUAAAUAAAUAUAACUUUUAUUUUAAUUUCAGCAUAUUCUUUUGAGGGUCUUCUUAUAAUAAGCUUGCUUGUUAUCUGUACAUGUGCUUACAUGAGAAGAGUGCCAAGAUUAAAACAGUGGUUUUUGUCAGAAAGAAAAGGACUUCUAGGAGUGUUUUAUAAAGGUAUAGAAAACAAAUGUAUGAAAAGUCGCUGAAUAUCAGAAACAUUUAUUAGAUGCUGAUCUGUGGCUUAGCCUAAGUUUUAACUCAAGAGGGACCUGACAUAUCAAAAAUAGGCCCACUAACCAAAAAUUUACAAUAUGAUUAUAUGUAUUCAUUUUUGUAUCAGAAACACCCUAACAAUGGGAAACAGCUUGUAAAGUCUGCUUCUUCCUCUUUUCCUUUUUAAAUCCCAGUUGAGCAUGUGCCAUUAACAAUUCAUUUCCUAUCCUACAAAAUACAAGUCUUAAGCUAUUUCCUCUAACUCUUUCCAAUCUUUAUUAUAUAUCCUUAUGUACCUCUCUUAACCAGGUCUUUUUCGGUCUUCCUCAUCUUCUGGAUCCUUUAAAUUUAAUGUUUCAUAUCAGUGCUUGUCUUGUUAAAUUUGGCAAUGGUUUUCUCAUGGCAAUAUCCUGUCUAACAGUAGCCUGUUAAAACCUAUUAAAACAGUUGUGUCUUUUCCCACAAGAUUUCAAUUUUGCUUAGUUUUCGUUUCUUUAAAAAAAAGAUGCAACAAAACAAAUGAAGCUUUCUUCAGCGAAUAAACAAAGAGUAACACAAAUAUAAACUUAGCUGCAAUGUGGUAUCAGAGAGGACAGCAAGAGGAAUGUCGUAGACCAUUGGUCGGCAAACUCAUUAGUCAAAAGAGCCAAAUAUCAACAGCAGGACGAUAAAAAAUUUUUUGAGAGACAAAUUUCUUUUCAAAAACCUUUCAAGAACCAUGUUUUUUGGAGUCAAAACCUAUUUCUGGCCGCGCCACACUCAGAUCGCGAGCCACGAUUUGCCGACCACUGUGGUAGACCAUUAGUAGGAAAGGGAGUUAAUAUAGGCAAAGGGAUAAGGAAGAGAGGAAAGGUAAGGCUAUUGGUUGUAAAAAGGUGAAGAUAAGAUUUAAAAAGUGAAGGAGAACAUAACAUUUAUGCCAUAUAGUGUCCAAGUCCCAUAACUGUAUAUUAGUUUGUUUUUUAAGUUCACCCUGUCGGGCAUUUUUCCUUCUAUCUAACCUGAUUGCAGUUCCCCCCACCGUAUUAUUGUAAUUUAAAUAUAGUGUCUAAAUUUAAAUUAACAGCAGUAAAAUAUAACCCCAGGCUGCUAGUGGUUGUGCUAUUUUAUUUUACAAUCUAGUGGCAUUAGGUUUAAGAUUAUGAAAAUUCAAUUGGUAAAUAGAUAAACUAUAAUUAUUAGAAUUCAUUUGAAAACAAGGUUAAUGAUGCUACUAUAAUACCAGUAUGUCGUCAGCAUGUAUGGUACAAAUAAAUAGUCCAGUUUUUAAUUUUGUUUACUUGGAAGGUAAGAAAUAUUUUUUAAUUCUUGAAAUAGCCCCACUUUCACAAAUUUCGCCCUUGACAAUUUAAAAAAAAAAAUUAUUACUUAGGCCCGGAGCCUCCAUUGAUGAAAUAAAACAAUUUAGCUAUGUGGUAUUUUUACACAAUUUCUGCUGGGAAUUUCUCAUUCACAAUACCAUUUUCAUCCAGAGAUAUGAACAUUUUUUUUAUUUGUAUUGACUUAAGUUACAAGAGAUAAUUGCCACAAAUAAUGCUCUCUUUCGCGUCUCUCCCUCCCCCCAUUCCACAAUAACUAAACCUACAGCAACAGUUAACACAAAAAAAUAUUGAUGAUUAGGAUAGUUUAUAAAAAUACUAAGCAGCAGUUUAUAGAUUUACAAAAUGGACAAAGAGCAUAAUAAUAUGAUUACUGAUUAUCUGCCGAUUAAUCAGAUCAUACUUACCACAUACAAGUACAUGAAAUAGAACGAAAAAAAAAGAUUUUUUUUGUGCCCUGAAGGUUUUCCCUGACUACCAGUUUAAAUCAUUUAAUGAUCUCUCCCUUUGUUUUUUCACAGCUUCUAUAAUUGGCACUCGGCUUCAUAUUGGUGUUGCACUGACUUGUAGUUUGAUGGCUUUUUAUGUUAUGAUAUUCAAGUGAUGUUUCAAUGAUGCUUUCAAAAAGAAAUCUGAGUAAAAGGUUAAAGAACAACUGAUUGAAAGGAAUUAAUGGUAUGGUUUGAUCUGAUAAUUUUUUUAUGCACUUGUAAAUAAUUUUUGUGGGUCUUAAUAAGCAUAAAUGUGGAUCAUUAUAUACAAUUAUUUUUGUUUUAUCGUUUGAAUUAUAAGAUAAAAUUUGCAAAGUUAUUGCAUCUGGUAAGACACUAAAUGAAUUUCUUUCUUACAAGCAGUUGCUAAUCCUAUUAUAUAGGUAUUGAUUAAGUUAUUCGAAAUGUUUUUUUUUAUAUUAUUGCAACUUUGUUCAGAGGCUUUUAUUUUAAAAAAUUACAGAGUUUGAAAUUUUUGUGGACAAUGUAAUUUUAAUUUUCCAACUACCAAUAUUUCUACAGUUUCAACUUCCACUGUGUUAUAAUCCAUAUAUUGACAAAUAUUUUACAUUGGCUUCAACUUCAAGUUACUUCUAUGUAACAUAUUAAAUUGUGGAAACAUUUAUUUCUAAACAUGAUUGAACUGUUUUUUUUUUUUUUAAAGUAGAAGUCCUUAAAAAAAGCAUAUUUUAUUAAGUAUGUGUGGCAUUUCUCUUUCUUAUGUGAUGAUUUCUUUUAAAUCUUGAUUUGAAGUUUUGAAUACCACUCUUGUCUGUUGAAAAUACAGACUAUUAUAACCCCAGACCAUCGUGUGAUAAAUGGUUAUGGAAAGUAAUUGUCAUUAAAUUUAAAUGGUCUGCAUGUGGGUAAAUUUGACACCAUCUCCUUUUUCCCCUUGAUAUUAAACUUUUAAAUCAUUUUUUAAAAUACUUUAUCAGUAAUAAUCAAGAUAAUGAUGAAAAAGAAAUGUAUCAUUAUUAAUUUAGAUAUAUAAAUGUAAGUAAAAUAAUACUUACAUUAUUUAAAAAAAUUGAUUUCAGAUCAUUUAUGUCUAAGUUGAAACAAAUACUAAAUAGAUGUAAUAUUUAUUAGUAUAUACCAUACUUUACUAUAGAUAGUUUGACAGCAUUUAUAUAUUCAUUGCCAAUAUUUUAAAAUAUUUUCCAAUAUGUGGCUGAUGGAAAUGAACAAAAUAUUUGUAUGAUAUAAAUAUAAUGUGACUGUUGAUAUUAAUUUAUUUCCAUCAAAGCAAGAGGGGAAAAUCUUUUAAUAUGUCUGAAAAAAGUUUCUAAUGAAUUAUAUUUUAUGUACCGGUAGUUGAUUUGUUAAAAUCUUUUACAUUAAUUACAUUAACUGUUAUGUUGCAUCAGUGUACCUGUUAACUUUUCAACUUAAGGGAAAAAAAAUAUUACAAUUGGGUCUAACGUUUUUUGAUACAUAAAUAAAAUGAAAGUUUAAAAAACUUGAUUUUAUUACCUGUCAUUUUAAGAUAGUCAUUAUGAGCAACAUUGUUAUUAC